UCACCCGCCCCCCACCCUGGGGCCCAGUGGUUGGGUCCUUUAUGAGGCAGGCGUGAGGGGACUGGGCCGUGGAGAGCCAGAGCUCAGAGUAGGUGGACAGUCUCAGAAGGAGCCCCUGGGAGCAGGACCCCCCCACCCACCAUGGCGAGCGUGGUGGUGAAGACGAUCUGGCAGUCCAAAGAGAUCCACGAGGCCGGGGACCCCCCCGCGGGGAUGGACAGCCGCCCCCAGCUGGUCCCCGAGGCUCCCGGGGGAGUGGCCAGCCCACCCAAGGGGAUCACCAAGAAAAAGAAGGCCGUGUCGUUCCACGGGGUCGAGCCUCGAAUGUCCCAUGAGCCCAUGCACUGGUGCCUGAACCUCAAACGCUCCUCAGCCUGCACCAACGUGUCGCUGCUCAACCUGGCGGCCGUGGAGCCCACAGACUCCUCAGGGACAGACUCCAUCACCGAUGACAGCACCCCCCUCGCACUGCCCGGGCCCCCCGCCUUCCCCACGCCGCCUUGGGCGGCCGAUGACCCAGACAUCACAGAAAUACUGAAUGGGGUCAACAGUGGAUUGGUCCGGGCCAAAGACUCCAUCACCAGCUUGAAAGAAAAGACCACCCGAGUGAAUCAGCACGUGCAGACACUGCAGAGCGAGUGUUCGGUGCUGAGUGAGAACCUGGAGAGAAGACGCCAAGAGGCUGAGGAGCUGGAAGGGUACUGCAGUCAGCUCAAGGGCCCUCGCCCUGGUGUGCCCACCCAGGAGAACUGCCGGAAGGUCACCCGCUCUGUGGAAGAUGCUGAGAUCAAAACCAAUGUCUUGAAACAGAACUCUGCCCUACUGGAGGAGAAGCUGCGCUACCUCCAGCAACAACUGCAGGACGAGACGCCGCGGCGGCAGGAGGCUGAGCUGCAGGAGCUGGAGCAGAAGCUGGAGGCCGGCCUCUCCCGGCAAGGCCUGGGCCCCAACACCCAGCCUGCCGGCACCCCAGGGAAUCCCGAAGACGCCCCAAGGCAGCGCAGCCUGGCCCCCGGAGGCUGGGGAUCCGGGCCCCGGGGAGGAGAGGGGCCCGGCCCCGGCCCCUUCGUGAGCGAGCAGGAGAUGCAGAAGGUCUCCACCGGCCUGGAGGAACUGAGGAGGGAGGUGUCCUCGCUGACCGCCCGGUGGCAUCAGGAGGAAGGGGCGGUGCAGGAGGCCUUGCGGCUGCUCGGGGGCCUGGGAGGCAGACUGGACGGCUUCCUGGGCCAGUGGGAGCGGGCGCAGCGCGAGCAGGCGCAGACAGCGCGGGGCCUGCAGGAGCUGCGGGGCCGGGCGGACGAGCUGUGCACCAUGGUGGAGCGGUCCGCGGUGUCUGUGGCUUCCCUGAGGAGCGAGCUGGAAGGGCUGGGCCCAGUGAAACCGAUUCUUGAGGAACUGGGGCGGCAAUUUCAGAAUUCACGGAGGGGGUCUGACUUCUCCGUAAACCUGGACCGGGGCUCCCAGGGGUCCUGUGCCCGCUGUGCCAGCCAAGGGCAGCAGCUGUCCACAGAGUCCCUGCAGCAGCUGCUAGAGCGAGCGCUGACGCCGCUGGUGGACGAGGUGAAGCAGAGGGGCCUGGCUCCCGCCUGCCCCAGCUGCCAGAGGCUCCACAAGAAGAUUCUGCCCAGUCAGGCAAGCCCAGCUGCGCCUACACUCCUCUCCCCAGGAGCUGGAGCGGCAGGCCUUGGCCAAACACGUCAGGGCAGAGGCCCUGAGCUCCACCCUUCGGCUGGCCCAAGACGAAGCCGUGCGGGCCAAGAACCUGCUGCUGACGGACAAGAUGAAGCCGGAGUGAGGAAGGAGGCUGAGGGCAUGGGAGGAGGGGAGAAGGCGGCCACUCUGGACUAUCUGCAUUUGAAAAUGUGUUCCCUCCACGAUCAACUCAGCAGCCUGCCACUUGAGGGGUCCACUGGGACAAUGGGAGGGAGUGGCGGGGGGACCCCUCCAAAACGUGGGGGCCCAACCCCUGAACAAUAAAUGGCCCCUCAUGCUGGCAUGAA